AUGAGCAACAAAGUAUUUGACAUUACUGUAUUCGGUGCCACUGGGCUCACAGGAAAGCAAAUCGUGAGACAUGUAUUUGAACUAUCCGUCAAUAAACCAGACUUUUAUCCUCCAAGUUUCCGUUGGGCCAUUGCUGGAAGAAGUGCCGAGAAACUCGAGGACAUCAUAAACGAAAUGACAAACAGAUAUCCUAAUGCAACUAUUGGCAAACCUACCGUUCUAGUCGCUAAUGUAACUCAAAGAGAACAGUUGGAUGCCAUGACAAGUCAAACCAAAGUCAUCAUUAACGCUGUGGGUCCCUUCCGUUUUAUGGGAGAAUACGUUGUACGUUCUUGUGUUGAAAACAGCUGUGAUUAUGUAGAUGUUACAGGCGAACCCGAAUUCGUUGAGCGUAUGCAACGUACCUACCAAGACAAGGCAGCUGCUAAUCAUGUUACCAUUGUUCAUUCCUGUGGUUUUGAUAGUGUACCUACUGACAUGGGCGUUGUGUACACCAAAAACCUCUACACCCAACACGGAUGGGUGCCUGAAUCCAUCGAAAUGUUCUUGAAGGUGCAUGUCGGUCCUGAUGGUAUGCGAGGCGGAUACGCUACUUUUGAGUCUGCAGUUCAUGGAUUUGGAUCUGCUGAGCUUUUGAGAGAGAUUCGUAAAGCAUCUACAUUAAAGAAGCUUCCUCACCCUCAAGGCGAGAAACUUCAUUUUCACAAGGGCGCUCACAAAGAUGAAGAAUUCGGCUACCAUGUUCCAUUUGUAUUUGCCGACCCUUCCAUUGUUCGUCUCUCUCAACAAAUCUUUCUUACUGGACUAGCUCAACCGGAAAAGCAAAAGCCAGAUGCCGUAUUGCCUCCACCUAUCCAAUUUGCCGCCUAUUUACUGCUGCCAUCGCUUUGGGCUGUUAUUUUAUACACCAUUUAUGGCUUCAUCUUUAGUUUCCUGGCUGGGUCUCCUUGGGGCCGAAACCUCUUGUUGAGCUACCCUGAAAAGUUCUCUGCUGGUUUGUUUUCCAAAGAGCAUCCCACCGAGACACAGCUGGAUCAAUGUUCGUUUGAAAUUAUUCUUCGAUCCAAGGGCUAUGAUCAUGCAUUGAACCCUCAUUACAAUGUACCUCCCAAUAGAAACAUCAAAGUGGUUGUACGUGGUCCUGAAUCUGGCUAUGUUGCCACGCCUCGUAUCGUCUUGCAAUGUGCUAUGGCUAUUUUGAAUAACAAGAGUCAGGGCUAUGUGCCCAGCGGUGUAUUGACUCCAGCAACUGCAUUCUGGGAGACUGAUUUGAUUGAUCGUCUUCGUCAUGUCGGCAUUACUUAUGAUGUCUCCAACUAA